UCUCCAUCAGUACACCCUUCAUAGCACGGUCAGGCGGUUUGGUUAGCAACUCUCCUCAUUUUCACGACCCAGAUCAAAGGCCUUCACACAAAAAUACGGAAAAUCUAAAGGCGUCUCACGCUGACCUCUGAUAUCCAGCUACAGGCUCCAGUGGGACGAUAAAAAAUGGCUUUUCUCAUCAAGAGUAUGGUGGGGAACCCUCUGAAGGGCAUGGGCCUUGGGGGAGGAGAGGAGAAGGCCGAAGCGGAGACCCCAAAAGACCCCGCAGCAGCUGCAGGAAUGACUAGAGAAGAAUAUGAGGAGUACCAGAAACAGCUGGUGGAGGAGAAGAUGGAGAGAGAUGCAGACUUCCUGCACAAGAAAGCAGAGCGGGCGACCCUCAGGGUGUGCCUCAGAGAGAAGUACAGGCUGCCAAAGAGUGAGCAGGAUGAGAAUAUGAUUCAGAUGGCUGGGGAUGAUGUGGAUGUGCCUGAGGAGCUGCUGAAAAUGGUGGACGAGGACGCUACAGAAGAAGAGGAAAAAGACUCCAUUAUGGGCCAGAUUCAGAACCUGCAGAACAUGGACAUGGACCAGAUCAAAGAGAAGGCCUCUGCCACGCUUACCGAGAUGAAGAGCAAGGCGGAGGAGAAAUGCUCUGUCAUGUAACGGUGUGGGUAAACCAAAUGCCCCAGAUAGUUCUAUUCAGUGAUAUACAACAGAUAGUUCCAAUCUGAGUGGCUAAAAAAAGGGUUCUAGCCGUGUUGUUAGAUCUGAUAACGGCAUGUUUUAUUCGCUCUACCCAUAUAAUUACAGUGACCACCAGCUGCUAAUGCAACAACAGUGGUCACAUUACUCUUUACUAAGUCUGUGGUGGGACUACUUUUUUUGUGGAAGAAAUUGCCAAUAUCAAAACAACGAUUUCAAACACUGUUCAGGGCUUCUUUAGUUAGUUUUCUUUAUAUUGCAAAACUGCUUUAUAAAAGCAUUAUAGCAUGUCUUGUGUCAUUGCGAAGAACAUCACAGCUGAGCUGAUUAGCUGUGGCCAAGUAACAGCCACAAUGUUAUUCAUUAGAACACACUGUCUUGUGUUCUAUUACCGGGACUACUUUUUGGCGGAAUAGUUUGCCAAUGUUGAAAACAUACUAUUCUGAAUAAGACACGCCCUCUUGUGGUAAUUGCUAUUUACAGUCAUAUGCAAAAGUUAAGUGAAAAUAAAUAUAUCUUUUCAUGAGGACACACUUCAGCACAUUUUAAUG